AUGAAAUCUGCUCUGAUGGGGAGCCAGGACAUCAUGGAUGUCACCAACCUCCUAAUUGUUCUUACCGUUUCCUGCCUGGUUCUGAUGAUCCUCAAAUCCUUCUGGCAGCAGGUCCCACAGGGGUUGAAGAGACUUCCAGGGCCGUGGGGCUACCCCUUGCUUGGCAACAUCCUGCAUCUGGGGAAGAACCCCCACCUGGCCUUGACUCGGAUGAGCCAGAAAUAUGGGGAUGUGAUGCAAAUACGUCUUGGCACCCGGCCAGUGUUAGUCUUGAGUGGGCUGGAGACCAUCAAGCAAGCCCUAACCAAGCAAGGAGAAGACUUCUUGGGACGCCCUGAUCUCUACAGCUUCCAGUUCAUUGGGGAUGGCCAGAGCUUGACCUUUGGAAGGGAUUCUGGGGAAGUCUGGAGAGCCCAUCGGAAGCUGGCCCAGAACGCCCUGAAGACCUUUUCCUCUUCAGCCAGCUUGACCUCUUCCACUUGCCUGCUAGAAGAGCACGUCUCCAAAGAAGCUGACUACCUAGUGGUGAAGUUCCAGGAGCUGAUGGAGGAAGAGAAGGGCUUCGACCCUUACUGCUUCCUGGUGAUCUCCGUGGCCAACGUCAUCUGUGCCAUGUGCUUCGGGAAGCACUAUAGCCAUGACGACCAGGAGCUGCUGAGUAUGGUGAACCUGAACAAUGAGUUUGGGGAGGCUGCCGCUUCCGGCAACCCUGCCGACUUCAUCCCAGUCCUCCAGUACCUCCCCAGCCGCACCAUGAAGGCCUUCAAGGAUCUCAACCAGCGGUUCAAUGCAUUUGUGCAGAAGAUUGUGAAGGAUCACCAUGCGAGCUUUGACAAGGACAACAUCCGAGACAUCACUGACUCCCUGAUCGACCACUGUCAGGAUGAAAAAGGGGAUGAGAAUGCCAACGUCCAGUCCUUGGAUCAAAAGAUUAUCAAUAUUGUCAGUGAUCUCUUUGGAGCUGGUUUUGACACUGUGACCACAGCUCUGUCUUGGUCCCUCAUUUAUCUGGUGACGUACCCAGAAACCCAGAAGAAGAUUCAGGAAGAAAUAGACCAAACCAUUGGCAGAGAAAGGAAGCCACUGCUGUCUGACCGCACCAUAUUGCCCUACACAGAAGCUUUUAUCUUGGAGAUGUUCAGACAUUCCUCCUUCCUGCCCUUCACAAUCCCUCACUGCACAAAGAGGGAAACUGUAUUGAACGGCUUCUACAUCCCGAAGGAUCUCUGUGUGUUUGUGAAUCAGUGGCAAGUCAACCAUGAUGCGAAGCUGUGGAGGGACCCUGAUGCCUUCAACCCAGAACGUUUCCUCACUCCUGGCGGGACUGGAAUAAACAGAGCAGAGAGCGAGAAGGUUCUGACAUUUGGUCUGGGGAAAAGAAGGUGCAUCGGAGAGUCCAUCGGCAAAGGAGAGGUCUUCCUGUUCUUGACCAACCUAGUCCAAAAGCUGGAAUUCAGCGUGUGCAGUGGAGAGACGGUGGACAUAACUCCCCAGUACGGACUCACCAUGAAGCACAAGAAGUGUGAGCAUUUCCAGGUCAAACAGCGCUUCUGA